AUGCCCCUUCAUAACAACGCCCCUUCCUCCGUCCCCAGCUAUGACUGGGCAGGCCAAUCUGCAGGGCGUCAAGGUGCAUCGAACGGCAUUCACUCGAAGCCAGCGUACAGUGAUAGUUUUUCAAGCUCAUCCGUUGACGUAAACUAUGAUCGCAGACCGCGACCAUUGAAACCCGGAAUCUAUGUACCAACAGUAGCUUUCUUCAAGGAAGUAUCCGAAGACUUAGACACAGAUACCAUUGCCAGUCAUGCGGUCCGCAUGGCCAGGGCCGGUGUUGCGGGGUUAGCAACCCAAGGCUCUAACGGUGAAGCAGUCCAUUUGUCACACCAGGAACGACAUUUGGUAACGAAAACAACACGUGAAGCACUCAAUGAGGCAGGAUUUUCUCACAUCCCUAUAAUAGUGGGGUGUGGCGCGCAAUCUACUCGAGAAACUAUCAUAUUAUGCGAAGAGGCUGCAGCAUCGGGGGGUGACUAUGUCCUGGUCCUUCCACCUGCAUAUUACAAAGGUCUUUACAAACCCCAGUUCACGAUCGAAUUCUUUUCGGAUGUAGCGACUGCGUCUCCAAUUCCAGUCCUGAUUUACAACUUUCCUGGCGCCGCUGCUGGUAUAGACAUCGACUCUGAUGUGAUCAUAGAGCUCGCAAAGCACCCAAAUAUCGUUGGUUGUAAGCUCACGUGUGGCAACACAGGGAAGCUGAACCGAAUCGCGGCAGCAGCUAGGGCUAGCAACCCGUUGGAAGAAGUCUCGGGAUUUAUGUGCAUGGGCGGUUCCGCAGACUUCACAAUGCAGACCCUCAUUGGCGGCGGUUCAGGGGUAAUCUGCGGGUUGGCAAAUAUUGCCCCCAAAGCAUGCGUGAAGAUCAUCGAGCUCUACAAGGCCGGGAAGUUUGUCGAAGCGCAGAAUCUACAGGCAGUAGUGGCUCGUGGGGAUUGGGCAGCGAUUCAGGGGGGAGUCGUUGGAACUAAGAGUGGCCUGCUGUCUCACUUUGGAUACGGUGGAUACGGGCGCAAACCGCUUCCAAGGCCAACAAAGCCCGAGAUCAGCAAGUACGCUGAAGGUUUCGAGGAGUUGGUGGCUGUUGAAAAUGUUCUGUGA